AUGUGGCGUGGCGGCACCAACGCGGCUCCACCCAGAUCCGCCUCCAUGGAGGGUUUAGGAGGCGACGGCGGUGGCAGCAGCAGGCGCAACAGUCAGCCUGGCAGCGCCGCUCCAGCAGCCACCAGCGCCAGCCGCAAGUGGCCCCUGCGUUCGCUCUUCUCUGCAGGCGGUGGCAGCGGCGGUCUCUCUGACGCGGAUUCGGCCCGCCAAUACCAGCUUCACAAGAAGAAUGACACCGCCGACAGUGAUGGUGGCAGAGCUGCCGCGCAGGCGAUGCAGCUCAGCAGCAGUAGCCUCAUCAUCGAUAAAGGUCUGGAAACCCAAGAGCACGGGCAGCAACAACAUGUGAAUGCGCUGGUGGUGGACCAGAGUAGCCGCCUGGCGCACAUGCCUGGUGUGACGCAGGUCCGUCAGCGCCACGGAGUAUUGGUGGAACCGGUUCAUCCUCGUGCUAGUGAUGCCUCACCGCUUGCCCAAGGUGUGCGUGCGGGCGUCGAGGACUGGGGUGACGGCGAUGACUGGGGAAGUUCGGCGAACGCGCUCGAGCAGCAGGCCCUCCCAGAACUUUCAACAGUUACUCCACCCUCAGCGCCGGGGACGGCGCACGCCGCCGACAGCGAUGACGUGUUUGUCUCCGAUGUCGCCUUAGCGCACCCUCGGCAUCCUCGCGCGUCACAGACGGCGGCACAAGAGCUCACCUACACGCCUCGGCGGGGCUUGCCACCCGCAAGCGUACCACCGCAGCAGGCCACUGCGUCUGCUUCGGCCACUGUCGCCCCUGUAGCCGCUACACAAGCCUCCAGCGCUACGAGCGGCCGGUUCCCUGGACCGUCACCGCACCGAGGGGUUUCUCCGACAAGCUCGCUGGCAGCCUACACCCCCGCGCCGGCUGGCUUUCACAGCGGUAUUCGAGGCCUUCGCAGCGCCUGCGACAGGUCGAGCGGCGGCGGCGGGACUCGCGGCGGAAACGAGGCGAAAGGCAAGAGUGCUGAUCUCACGAAGCGACGGAAAAGGGGCUUCGGUGCUGUUGCCGUCCUCCCGUCCACUUUAUCGUCGUCGUUGCCGAGCGCCGGCGCCCACACGGCCGACAACGCUGAGCCUGUAACGACCGUACUCGCAGUCCAAGAGGCGGAGCGCCAGCGUCUCGCCAAGGCAGCGGAAGCUGCCGAGCAGAGGCGAAGUUGGGCGCACGCAGUGCAAGAGAUUUUAGAGCAAAUCGCCGACGCGUGCGGCGCGGAUGCACCCACGCCUGUGGAAGUGAGCUGCAACGUUGUGUACCCCGGGGCCAAAGUCACGGAGGCCAUUCAUGUGGCACGGCAGCUUCUGGAGAAGGCGAGGAGCAGUGAGGCCUCCAGGGCGAACGCUCUUGACGGCGACGGCGAUGCUGUGAGGAAUUACGGCACGGUGGUGCGCAUGUUGGCUGCGCACACGCAAACGGCCGUGGAGCGGGAAGGUGGCGAGUGCGAAGUAGAUCGCCAUCGAAUCCAGCGGACUCGGCAGCUAGUCCUGGAGACGUGGCAAAGCAUCUCCGUGGCGCUCCCUGGCAUCUGGCGCCGGGCGUGGGCGUCGGCAAUGGCGGCGUUGUCCGAGGAUAAGCAACUGCCAGGCGUGCGUAGUCUUGCAGCAUUGAUGGGGCGAGAGCCCAUAACACUUGCCCGACGGACGGCUGUCGCACUCGGCACCCUCUUUAUGCAAUGCUCGUCACGCAGCGACCGGCCCCUCGGUGUUAGCGAAGUGCACGCUGGCGUGGUAGCAGGCCUGGAAGCCGUUCUGAAGUCGUCGGCGGCGACGGCCACCGUUUCUGCUGCCUCUACUGCCCCGACCGUGGCAGAGAUGCCGCCAUGGGCAAUGGAAAUUGUGGCGGCGACGGCGGAGGCGAUGGUACGUCGUGACGAAAUGAUCAAGCAGCAGGUCGUUGAUGUUGCGAGCACCGCCGCUGCGGUAGAUGACUGUGGCAACGCCGACAGGGCUAUGCGCAGGGCACGGGUGCAGCUGCGGGAAGGUUCAUGGACGCUCUGGUACGUGCUGAGAGUUUUGGGUCUGCUGGCGUGGUGGGAAAGAAUGCUGCCCCACCUCAUCCCUUGUCCUCCACCCUCAGCAGAGGCGCACACCGAGGCAGGCGCGACAGAUGCAUGGUCAUAG